AUGUACAUAGAAACAAUGUUAUUGACCAAAGAAUCAGACGUCUAUUCUUUCGGUGUCGUACUAUUUGAAGUUUUGUGCUCAAGGCUUUGUGUUGAUUAUACUUAUGAUGAUUACCGCCGAUCCUUACCCGUAUUGGUGAACAAGUGCUAUCAUGAACAAUCACUUGAUACAAUUGUUGAUAUAAAUCUAAGGAAUCAAAUGGAGCAGAAUUCUUAUGAUAUGUUUGUAUCACUGGCGUAUCAAUGUUUGGAAAGAGAUCAGAAGAAGCUCCCGUCAAUGGGCUCUGUAGUGAGCAAGCUUCAAACUGCACUCGAAUACCAAGUACAAAGUGACGUCCUAGCGAAAAAUGUCAAUGUGGCAUCGUCUUCAAGGCCAUCCUCUACUUCGGAUGACAUCCCAAAAACAAGUACCCUAUCCCUAUGACACUAGGAACUGAGAGGGGUUUUGAAAUUACUUAUCAACUUAUUUUUUUUUGGAGAAGCCAGAAAUUUAUGGCUUUUUGAAAAAGUCAUUUUUUACACUAAAAACCAAACAUUGUUUUAAUUUAUUGGCUUUUUGAAAAGCCAAUAAGUUAAUAAGUCAUUUUGAAAAACAC